AUGGAACUCGGCUACUUUACGAUGCCCCUGCACCCACCCGGCACAGACAUAGCGCAGACAUUGCAGGACGACCUUGAGCAGCUCGUUGUCCUCGAUGAGCUUGGCUACAGCGAGGCGUGGAUAGGCGAGCACUUCACGUCGGUUUGGGAGAACAUACCAGCGCCCGAUCUAUUCAUUGCUAACGCGCUCGGCAAGACGAAGAACAUUCGGCUGGGCACCGGCGUAACCUGCAUGCCGAACCACAACCCGUUCAUGAUUGCCCACCGCAUCGCGCAACUCGACCAGAUGGCGCGGGGACGUUUCAUGUGGGGGGUCGGAUCAGGCGGCUUCGUCGGCGACUUCACCGUGUUCGGCUUCGACCCCGAAUCGGGCGAGCACCGUGGCAUGGCGCGCGACUCCGUGGAAACUAUCCUGAAGAUAUGGAACGAUCCUGAGCCCGGUCUCGGUCUGAUGAAGACUGACCCCGACAUGCCUGAUGAAGAUGUCACGGCAGAAUAUCUGCUGGACAACAUCUGGGUCGUGGGCAGCCCCGACGAGGUCGCGGCCAAGAUCCGCGCUAUACAUGAGGAAGUCGGAGGCUUCGGCGUGCUGCUGGCGAUGGGACACGAGUGGCAGCCUAAGGACAAGUGGACGCGCUCGAUGACGAUGUUGAAGGAAGAAGUGUUGCCCAAGUUGGUGGACCUCGAAUAG